AUGGCAACUGGUUCAUCAGACAGCUUGUUGGAUUCAGAUAAUGAGUCCGAGCGGCACCGUAAAUGUUCUACCUGUUCUUCAAGUUGCAUUAGUUGUUGUCGAAAUUGUCGAGGUCCAAAAGUUUACCAUGCUCGUGUAGUUAAUGUUGGUAGACCAUCGAAGACUCAGAAAUUUCCUUCGAAUCGGAUCAAUAAUCAAAAGUAUAAUGUAAUAAGUUUCAUUCCUUUGGUUCUUUUUGAACAGUUCAGUGUAUUUUUAAAUCUCGUCUUCCUUGUAAUUGCAUGUAGUCAAUUUAUUCCCGAACUUGGUGUGGGUCGUCUGUACACAUAUUGGGGGCCACUUGGUUUUGUGAUUGCAAUAACCAUGAUUCGAGAAGCGGUAGAUGACAUUGGAAGAUGGUCUCGUGAUCGCGAUGUCAAUAUGGCUGUCUAUGGAAAGUAUGUCCGCAACAAAGAAGUUUCCGUUAUGAGUUCAGAUAUCAAAGUUGGUGAUCUUAUUCGUUUAGAGAAGAAUCAACGAGUUCCAGCAGAUAUGAUCUUAAUAUGGACAUCAGAUCGAAAUGGUUCUUGUUUUAUACGGACAGAUCAACUUGACGGUGAGACUGACUGGAAAUUACGUUAUGCUAUACCAACUACACAUGCUUUUGUCAGCCGUACUGGUCAUCCAAGUUCAUUGUGGGAUAUGGAAGCUCAAGUUUAUGCUGAAGCGCCGAGACAGAGUAUACAUAAUUUCGAAGGAACGUUCGUUCGUACAGAUGUCAAUCCUACUUCACCAACAGAUUCUGAAGCAUCAGAAGUUUCAUUAAAUAUUGAUCACACACUCUGGUCCAACACUGUACUGGCUACUGGAAGUGCUAUUGGCUUGGUCAUAUACACAGGAUCAGAAACACGUGCAGUAAUGAAUUCAAGUAGAGUACGCACAAAACGUGGGAAAAUCGAUCAAGAGAUUAACAAUAUCACAAAACUCUUAUUCUGUAUCCUAGUACUUCUAGCUCUUAUCAUGGUUGCAUUGAAAGGUUUCAGUGGAUCUUGGUAUAAGUAUUGGUGGCGUUUUGUUGUUUUAUUCUCUUACAUUAUUCCUCUGGCUUUGCGUGUUAAUAUGGAUUUGGCAAAAAUCGUAUACUCUUUUAUGAUAAUGCGCGACAAAUCCCUGCCAAACUGCCUUGUUCGUAAUACUAAUAUACCUGAAGAAUUGGGUCGUAUUUGUUAUUUAAUGUCAGAUAAAACUGGUACACUUACACAAAAUGAAAUGGUUUUUAAAAAGCUACAUUUAGGCAGUGUAGCUUUUGCAUCAGAUUCCAUGGAAGAGGUUGUUCAAGGAUUGCGUAAUCAUUUCACUGCUGGUUCCACAAUCGGUAAUUUAUCAGAUCAAUUAACUCGUCAAAUUCGUCGUACAACCAAUGAACGUAUGGCUGAUGCAGUAUUAGCCUUAGCUAUAUGUCAUAAUGUUACACCGAUGACAGAAACUUAUUCAAAUCCUGGAUCAAUUGAUGUACCAGGUGGAGAGAGUAAAGAAGCUAUGGCUAUGGUAGAAUUAUCUGAUCCCAUUGGUUAUCAAGCUAGUUCACCUGAUGAAGUAGCUCUUGUUUCAUGGACUGCAACUGUUGGUGUAACACUUGUGUUUCGUGACUUGCACAGAAUGCGAUUACGUCUACCUAAUGACUCUUUUGUUGAGUAUGAAAUCUUGAAUUUAUUUCCAUUUUCAUCGGAAUCUAAACGAAUGGGUAUUAUUGUACGUGAUUAUUCAUCCAAAAGAAUAAUAUUUUAUGUUAAAGGUGCAGAUACUGUUAUGAGUAGUCUUGUAUCCUAUGUGGAUUGGUUAGAAGAUGAAGCUGGUAAUUUGGCUAGAGAAGGAUUACGAACAUUGGUUGUCGCUUCGCGUACUUUAACUGAAGAACAAUACUCAGAUUUCGCACAACGAUACCAUAGCGCUAAAAUGUCUUUAACUGAUCGUGUCGAAAAAAUGGAGUCAGUUGUAGCAACUUUAGAAACAAAUUUAGAAGUUCUCUGUUUAACAGGAGUAGAAGAUAAACUUCAAGAUGGAGUUCGUCCUGCAUUAGAAGCAUUAAGAAAUGCUGGUAUACGUGUUUGGAUGUUGACUGGGGAUAAACUUGAAACAGCUGCAUGUAUCGCUAAAUCUUCUCGUUUAGUCAGUCGUGAUACACCUAUGUAUAUAUUUAAAUCAGUUAGUGGUCGAAUGGAAGCUCAUUUAGAAUUGAACGCUUUUCGUAAACGUUGUGAUCAUGCCUUAUUGAUAACUGGAACAUCAAUGGAAACAUGCUUAAGAUUUUAUGAACAUGAAUUUGUUGAAUUGGCAAGACAAUCACCGGCUGUAGUUGUAUGCCGUUGUUCACCGACACAGAAAACACAAAUUGUCACUUUAUUAAGAUAUCAUACAAAAGCAAGAGUAGCAGCUAUCGGUGAUGGAGGCAAUGAUGUUGGCAUGAUUCAAGCAUCUGAUCUUGGUCUUGGUCUUUUAGGUAAAGAAGGUCGACAGGCUAGUCUAGCAUCUGAUUUCAGUUUAGCACAAUUUAAACAUGUUACACAAUUGUUACUUGUUCAUGGAAGGAAUUGUUAUAAAAAUACUGCUGCAUUGGCCUUGUUUGUUAUUCAUCGAGGUUCCAUUAUCACAGUCAUGCAAGCGAUAUUUUCAGCCGUUUUCUAUUUUGUUGCAAUACCGUUAUUCCCAAGUUUUCUAUAUGUUGGUUAUGCCACAGUGUUCACUAUGUUCCCUGUAUUUUCAUUGGUGCUUGAUAAGGAUGUACCGGAUCGUAUUGCUCUAACUUACCCUGAAUUAUAUAAAACUUUACAGAAAGGUCGUGAAUUAACUUUUAAAACUUAUUUCAUCUGGCAGUUGAUUAGUGUUUAUCAAGGUAGUGUUAUCAUGUAUGGUGCAUUGUUACUUUUCGAAGAUGAAUUCAUUCAUGUAGUAGCUAUCACAUUUACAGCUUUAUUAUUAACAGAAUUACUUAUGGUAGCUAUUACCAUACGUACAUGGCAUCUUCUAAUGAUUUUAGCGGAAGUUAUCAGUUUAGCAAUUUAUAUAAUGGCUUUGAUUGUCAUGAAAGCAUAUUUUGAUUCAGUAUUUCUAAGAACAAUUGGAUUUGUUUGGAAAGUAUUAGCUAUCACUGGUGUCAGUUGUAUACCAAUAUUAAUAUUGAAAUUUAUUCAUUAUAAAUUUAGACCAUCGAUUUAUUCAAAACUACAAUAG